GAAAAUAAAAUGAAUGCUGGAAAUAAAUUUAAAAUAAUGAAAGAUUUGAAAUCAUAUUCUGUUUUUGGUGGUGAAGUAACAGAGAAUUGUGGUAUACAAUGUAUUGAAGAUGGCAGAUGUUUAAAAAUUCCAAGUGUAACAUAUAUUCUUAACGAGACUAUGUCUGUCAAAACGAAAAAAGCUUUAGAGAUGUGGAAGAAUAAUAUUAUCGAUACAUUUGAUGAGAAAUACUUCAGACUUCUUUGUAAAGGAUUAUUGGAAGAAGGUAAAGUAUUUCAUAAAUGUAUACAAAAUGUAUUAUUGAAGAAAGUAGUUCCACUUGAACCCCGUAUUAAACCAGUGUACUACAGUGUGGAGCCUGUAUUAAAGGAUUUACAAAGAGUUCAUUCAUUUGAAACAUAUGUGACACAUCCAACAUUGCGAUACAGUGGCAUUGUGGACUGCAUUGUUUCUUACAGAAAGCAACUGUAUAUCAUUGAUUGGAAAAGAUCAGCAGCACAGGGGGCAUCACUUGCAGCAACUUUUGAUGCACCUGUACAACUAGCUGCUUAUAUUGGAGCUGUAAAUGCUUCCAAUAAGCAUCCAUUUAGGAUAGAUAGAGGGUUGGUUAUUGUUGCUUACACAUCUGGUGAGCCUGCAAGCGUUCAUGAAUUAAAUGAUAGUACAUUACAAAAGGCAUGGGAAGAAUGGUUAAGAAGACUGGAACUGUUUUAUACAAAUUUAAAUAAAGCAACUAAUUGA